ACGACGUCGCAUAUAAACACACUUCUUUCGGCAGUUUCCACAUUUUACACAAUGCAUCUCCUCACGAACUCGGCUGUCCUCUGCCUGCUUGGUUUGAUGUACACCUACAGUUCCGCCACGGAGCCUCAGGCCUCGAAUCCUCCGGGAUAUUGGGUCACCCGGCGGUUCCUGGAGGACAAAGAGAUCGAAAACUUCUGGAAAGUGACCACCGACACGACGAAAGUAAUCGAAAAACUGGCCAGUUUGUUCCACCAGAUGGAUGACCCGGUUAAAGGACGCGAGCUGCGAGAAGGCCCUUUGGGAGACAGAAUUCGAGCGGCCGUGAGGACUGGAAAAGCCUUCGUGAAGCUGAUCGAGAGCAUAAGUGCAGCGAUGGAGCUUUCUAGUGCGUAAAGAAGAGGGUGACUCAUGUAAGAUCGAUGCGGUUUUCUUUACAUGCUAGUGCUUUCGGUUUGUCUGGCCAUGCGAUAAAGAAUACUGCAGAACUUGAGUUUAUUUCAAAAUAAACUUAGAAUAUAGUAUGGAAACAUA